CGUGAUCAUCAACCUUUGCACCGCGGAAAAAGCGGUAGGCACCACGCUCAGUGAUGAUGAGUGUUACGCCUGCAGCUUAUAGUAUUCAGCAUACACAACCUGGACCACUGGUUCCGUCAUCGCAGAUGCAAACUCCACAGCAGAUUGUCCCUCAGCAACUUCUUGCAGCAAAUGAUCCCAAGAUUCAUACGCUCAUUCUUGAGCUCAUAGAUCCAAUAACUAGGGAGUCGUCUCUCUUGGAGCUGUCGAAGAAACGCGAGCAGUAUGAGGAUCUAGCUCUAGUGCUGUGGAACUCUUUUGGUGUGUCCUCUCUCUCAUCUCCCUAACGAAGAAGUUCAAGCUGACUUUCGAGGUCGGAGGCAUCAUGGCCGCAUUACUGCAAGAAAUCGUUUCGGUUUAUCCUCUUUUGUUCCCUCCUUCCCUCACUGCGCAUGCCUCUAACCGUGUUUGCAACGCUCUCGCUCUACUGCAAUGCGUUGCCUCCCAUUCUGACACCCGUCAGUUGUUCUUGAAUGCCCAUAUUCCACUGUUUCUGUAUCCAUUCCUUAACACUACCUCAAAAACACGGCCCUUUGAAUAUUUGCGUCUCACAUCUUUGGGUGUCAUCGGCGCCUUAGUGAAGCAAAAUGAGAACUCCUCAGUUAUCCACUUCCUACUCUCAACUGAGAUCAUUCCUCUCUGUCUUCGGAUUAUGGAGACAGGAUCCGAAUUGUCGAAAACCGUAGCGAUUUUUAUCGUCCAAAAGAUCCUCCUUGAUGAGACAGGACUUACGUACAUUUGCCACACAUACGAACGCUUCUACGCGGUUGGAACCGUCCUUAGCAAUAUGGUCAGUCAACUGGUUGAACAACCCGCCGUUAGACUGUUGAAACAUGUCGUUCGUUGCUAUUUGAGGCUGAGCGACAAUCUAAGGGCCCGCGAGGCACUUCGUGCUUGUCUUCCUGAACCUCUUAGAGACUCCACUUUCUCAACGCUGCUGAAGGGUGAUAUGGUCACGAAACGCUGUUUGGCGACGCUUCUGAUGAAUCUGUCGGAGCGCCCUGAGUAAUCCAAUGUCCUGAACGCUUUGUGCUUAAUAUCACCUACGGUCAUCCAUUUAGCUAUUGCUUAGUUUUCUAUGUAUAAUACGAUCUCGCGAUGUAGAAGGUUUGGUUUGUUUGUAGCUGAAUGGACUUGAAGUACGAUAUGUGCAUGUUCUC